AUGGCCUCCUUUCAAAACCAACCUAGUAAAGAUGUUGCUGUGGACCCACCACCAGGCCGACUGUCGACGCAAGCGAGUUCGGUUGCCGCUUCGUCCUGUGAAGAUACAGGGUCGAUGAGCACCGACGACAUCGUAGCGUCAAGCAACCAAGCUGGGUCGUGGAGAGGAUGGGCCGAGUUGGAAAAUGACCCGGUUAUAUUCACCACACUGCUACGAGAAUGGGGCGUUCCAGAUGUGCAGGUUCACGAAGUGGUCCCGCUCGACAGCGUGUUCGACCACCCCCCAGAGAGCGUGUACGGCCUGAUCUUCCUAUCACGAUGGAUGCCAGCGGAUGUUGAGAACAGCGUCACAGAGGCUCCCCAGGGUGUAUGGUUCGCCAAUCAGACUUCAUCUUUUUCAUGCGCAACAGUCGCCCUCAUGAAUAUUGUCAACAACCGCCCAGACGUCGACUUAGGUCCACAGCUCAAUGAGUUCCGCGCACACACCCUGGACAUGACCCCCAGGGAUCGUGGGAUUGCUUUGGACGGGUUUGACCAUGUCAGAGACGUUCACAAUUCAUUCGCAACCGACUUGGACAAGAUGGCUGUCGACCUUCGCCUCAAACAAGAAAUCGCUAUCGCCGAGAAGAAGAGGAAGGCCGCCAUGUCCAAGCGGCCUCGCAAGAGACUCAGAGACGAGGAGGACUUUGACGACGGCGAAAACGGCUUCCACUUUGUAGCCUAUGUACCGGCUGGCGGGUCUGUCUGGAGGAUGGACGGGAUGGAGAAACUACCACGCAAGGUGGGGAGUCUCUCGGAAGGAGACAGCUGGGUGGCUAUGGUGCUGCCUGAGCUGCAGGCCCAAUGGGAAACGGCGGCGACGGGCGCCUUGGAAUUUUCUCUGCUGGCUUUGACAGCCAUGACGGCCGCCUCGAGCCUGGAGGAGGACCAGGUCAAGAUGGAGCGGGCAAGGGAGGACUGGGGACCCUUCUUUGCGCAGUUGGUGCGCCUGGAGGCCGAGAAGGGGAGGCUGCGGGCAGAUUUAGAAUAG